CGAGCAAAAAUAAGAAACAAAAAUUGUGGGCUGUUGCAUGUGCUGAAGUCUAUAAACUUGGAAGUCCGAAAAUAGUGUAUUUUGAAAGUAGGAGGUUAAGUUGGAACAAUGAAAACAAAAACCGGUAAACGUGAAAAAUCAGCGAUACAUAAAUUCGAUAUAAAAACAGCCCGUGACUUACUGUUGGGAGAAAGCAAGUUUAUAACAGAAUUAUUGGAUAAGCAGAACUUCCCUGUUCCAGGGAAUAACGAUUCAGAUAUCGUAAGAGGCAGUUCUGACAAAACUUUUGGUGUUCACAGCAAAAAGAAAGCGAAGCUGCUUGCGGCACAGAGCAAAGGAGCAACACGUGCCAAGAGUUUGGAAGAACUCCAUGAUAAGUUACAGGCAAUGAGAGGUAAAAAGUUGGGUUAUAGAGACAAAUUAUUGAAGAAGGGAUUAAAGAACAAAGUUAUUAAGAAGCAAAAAAAGGAUGAACGAAAGGGAAGAAAGAACUUAAGUAGGACAAAGCCAGAUUAUGGCUCAGAAUUUGUAAAUAGGCCAAAACCAUUGAAACCUAUCUACAACAGUGAAGGCAAGAUGGUAUUCAGCAGAUUUGACUUCUCUGAGUCAGGAUACAAAAACGAAGUAAUGGAGAAGAAAGGGAGAGAUGAACGAGACCCACAUAAAAUGCUCAAAAAAAUUGAAAAACAAAAUGAGAAGCUAAAAGACUUGGAGGCUACAGGCGAAAUAGGAAAACUCACAGAAAUUAGGGAGAAAAUUGCAUGGAAUAGGGCACUGAGUAAGUCUGAGGGUGUCAAGGUUAAAGAUAAUCCUGAAUUGCUGAAGAAGACAAUAAAGAAAGAAAUACAACAAAAACAAAAAAGUAAAAGGAAAUGGGAUGCAAGAACAGAAGGAAUGAAGAAUCGCCGAGACGAAAAGCAAAAGAAGAGAAUGGAAAAUAUAGAGGCACGUAAGAAACAGGUUAAAAUCAACAAACUGAAGAAAGCUGCUAAAAAAGGGAGGAUUAUACCAGGCUUCUGAACACCCCCCAGUCAGUGGCUGUGCAGUCCAGGAUUCUACCAGAAUUCUGAACAUUCCUCAAGCAGUGGCUACACUCUCCAGGAACACUACCAGGAAUCUUUCAAAAGGGAAACAGUUGGAGGGGGGACAGAAAAUUUGUUUACAGGCUUACAUUUAAGCCAUAUGAGAUGUUUCUAUGGAUUUUCCCACAGUAUUCAGAAUAGAAGGAUAUUUUUUUCAAAUAUGUUUAAAUACACUCUUUUUUGGCAUUA